AUUACUAAGACUCUUGUGGAAGACUGUGGAGGGCACGGAAGGGCUCUAGAAGCUCUGAAUGAUUGCUUGGCCGGUCGUAAUAUUAAAGAAUGCAACCUCGAUACUUUGAUGAAUGACCUGCGUCUCAAACUUACUGAAAGAUAUCGUGAUGCUAUUUUUGGUUCCAUGCGCGACGCCAGGCCCGUUGCACGAGCAAUAUUGACUCGGAGUCUCUUAGAUUUAUAUAAAAAUGUUCCUAAAACCAACAAAACACCGGACCAAUUUGCUGGGAGUGGAUUGAUUCGAUUCGAACAAAUAAAUAAGGAUAGUCCAAUGGGAUACCUCACUGCACCCCAAACAGAUUCAAUACUUCGAGAUUGGCAAUUUGCUGAUUAUGGAGAACAAAAAGCGCUUAUUGAUCCUGUGUUGUCAUUGCAAGCAAAGUCAUGGCAGAGUUUUGAAAAAUUUGUCGCGUCAUUUCGUUGCCUAAAAUCAGCUGUGAUUGAAGAAGAUGAGUUAACAAGGAUCUCGGAGGUUUACGCGGGAGCGCGUUUGAAUGGUGACAUCCAAUUUAAAAAUCACAAUCUGCAACUUGAGAUUGCUAGAAACCAGACAGAUACAAAAUCUGAAAAUCUUACUGCAAUAGAAUGGAAUGUUGAUUGCUAUCAUUCUACGGUUGAUGUCCGGAGAUUUAAACAUUGUAUUAUUAAUGCUCCGUCUUCGCCAUCUGGGGAUGCCUUUCUUUCAUUAGAUCAGCCGGGUACCGAGAGUUCGAACGAAAUUCAUCAAUACAAACAAAGACAAAAACCGAUCAGUCAAAUGGUAUACGAAGAAGAACGUAAAAAAUCUGCAUCAAAAAAUGAUUUUUUCAUCCUCUUUACGACUGCAGAAAAUUGCAAUGUCGAACUUCCCAAACGCUCUGGGAUUGUAGAUGGAAAAUUUUUUAAGGACUAUUUUGGACCAUUUGCUGGCAGAGCAUACAAAUCAAUUAUGGCCAAGUCCACGCUCCCUAUCCGUGAUAAAGUCAAGAAUGUCCAUACCAUUACUCACGGGAAACUUUACAGA